UUUGGACGCAAUUUAGUCCCAAAUCGCUGCUCUUUUGCACCUAUAAAAAGCCUCUCAAGCCUCAAAUCAUUACUCUCCAGAUCACGCAUAUUACUCAACAACCAAACGAACGAGCCUGAAACCACUUGCACUAAUCCCAUUCCAUGGCGACUGCUUCUGCUUUGGAUAAGAGCGUACCAGAGAAAUUGGCCCCACCAUUGGAUGCUACUGCAGAGCAACCUCCACUCUUUGAUGGAACUACCAAAUUGUAUACAUGCUACACGUGUCCAUUUGCCCAGCGAGUUUGGAUCACCAGGAAUUUCAAGGGAUUACAAGAUGAGAUUAAGCUAGUUCCUCUAAUCCUUCAAAACAGGCCUGCUUGGUAUCCUGAGAAAGUUUACCCUCCAAAUAAGGUACCAUCAUUGGAACACAAUGGCAAAAUUACUGGGGAAAGUCUUGAUUUGAUUAAAUAUUUAGAGAGCAACUUUGAAGGACCUUCUCUUCUCCCCAAGGAUCCUGCUAAGAAAGAGUUUGCUGAAGAGUUGUUCUCCUACACUGAUAAAUUCAACGGUACGGUGUAUACUGCAUUCAAGGGAGACCUGGCGAAGGAAGCUGGUCCUGCUUUUGAUCACUUAGAAAAUGCUCUGCUUAAAUUUGAUGAUGGACCAUUCUUUCUUGGUAAAGAAUUCAGUUUGGUGGACAUAGCCUAUAUCCCAUUUGUUGAAAGAUUCAAUAUCUUCUUGCUAGAAGUUUUUAAGUACGAUAUUACUGCCGGCAGACAAAAACUGGCAGCUUGGAUUGAGGAGGUGAACAAGAUUGAGGCUUACAAGCAGACAAAAACUGAUCCGAAAGAGCUGGUUGAAUUUUACAAGAAGCGCUUUUUGGCUUAGAUUUUAAAAUGCCACUGUGAUGAAUAAGGGCCCAGGUGUCUCAUAGUUGAAUAAGAUUGGUUGUGUUGUACACUCGAGGUGCAAAUGUCUACUGGUUGCGCAUCAUGGUCGGGUCUCCAUGGAUGGUCUACUUACAGCUCUAGUAAAUAAUGGAAGGUGAAGCUCUCUGGGCUUUUCCAGCAGCCAGGUUUAUGCGAAUUUGGUGACUGUAUAUAUUUGGGCUUGGCUUUGUAAGUUUCUGUUGCGUUGAGUUCAAGAGCCAUGCCAUGGUAUUUGUGUUUAGUGUUGUGGUAACUGUCGCGGUUGUGGUUUAAAAAAAAUUAUUUUAUAAAAAGUAUUUUUAGUUAA